AUGGAGGAAACAAUCGAAUCAAUGAUCUGCCCACUGUGCGGCGCUAUUUACGACAUGGAUGAAUACUCCCCCAGAAUCACAAAAUGCAAUCAUUCCUUUUGUUUGUCAUGUUUGUCAAAUAUGGAAGAUUUAAGUUGUCCAGUUUGUGGUCUGGAAAAUGGAAUGUUAGAGACUAACGCAAAUAUAAAAAUGUUGGAUAAUAUUGCUAUAUUGAAUAGGCAAUUGGAGUUUGAAGACGAAGAGUUCAUUGAGCAAAAUGUAGAGAAGUUGCUCCAGUCACUCUGCUCUUCAUGCCAACAAAACUCUCCUCCUAGAAUUUGUAAAGAAUGCGCUGAACAAUCUGGAACGAUCAUCAAACAGACUAAAGACCAACAACGGGUUGUAACCGAUUACACCGCCCAGAAACUGUCAAACUUCCCAUUUUUCUGUGACGAAUGUGCCAAUAAAACUCAUGGGAAUCACGAAACAGUGACGAUUUCAAAAAUCAAUAACUUAUUCGACUUCCUCCAGUAUGAACUAGUUCGAGAGUAUUUAACUCACGAAAAAACUAUCGUGGAUAUGUAUUCUACGUAUUCUUUUAAAUAUCGGGAUGUUCUGAAACAAAAUAAGAUACGAAUCGAGUGUGGAGACGGGAUAGAUGAGACGUUUGGAAGAUAUGAUAAGGAAUUGGUGAAGGCUUAUAAGGAGUCGAGGAAGGAAUUGGAAGAAUUAAGGAUGAGAGAGUCGAAAUUGAUUUUAAGACAGAUGAAAUUACACGAGGAGAGUAUAAAACUCCAUAUCAUCGAUCUCGAAGUAAAAUUGAAGCAAACAGAGGAUGAAAAUCAACGUAUUGAAAUUAAAGAUAGUCUAAAAAGACUCAAGAAAAUAGAACAAGAAUUCAUCGACUUUGCCUUGGAAUGCUCAUUUGUCCAACUGACUGAAAGGGAUAUUGAGGAGAUCGACAACGAAAUAAUUGUCAGAAUGGAGGCAUUGGAAGCAGAAUACAAAAAAGGAUUGUUCGUGGAAAUUGAGUUGGAGAAGAAUUCCAAGUUCUAUAAGUUUCAGGCGAUACGAAAGGCGAUUAAUGCAUUGACCAAAAUAGCUCAAGAAUAUAAUAACAAUUGUUUCGAGGUUGCAGAUGAAGAAGUGGGUCCAUUGGAAGAAAGGAAAAAACAAUUGAAAAUUAUCGCGUUGGCAAUGGAGAAUACAGAAGCCCAAAAAGAUACUAUAGAUUCAGCAAAAUACGAGUUUGCGAUUUAUCAAUUCACAAAGUUGAAGAAAUUCUAUGAAAUAGAGAAUCUCGAUGAAUGUUGGGAAUGUGACAAAAGCAAUAUGGAUGCAACAGAAAUCACUGUGAAGAUAGUUUUUCUGGGCUUAAUGCACGCUACAUUUUUUCCAACGACUCCAGGAGCAGAUGUUGAAAAUUUAGUUUAUGAAUCAUUUUUGAAGUUAGGAUUGGGAGUAGACGAUGAAUCAUAUUUUCGCCUGUUUCUUAUUCGCAAUAAUGAAAAUUCAAUAGUUGAGAUUGGGAUUCGUUAUUAUCUCAAAGUCAAGAACACGAAUGAAAUUCUUCAAGAAAAGUACAAGACAGAAGGCUUCGUGUUUUUGAAGCACCGUGAAGUAGCAAGUAACAAAUACAUUCCACUUAUGGAUGUUCUGAAUCUGAAAAAUGGAUGGUUGAAUGAUGAGAAAUGUACUGUGGAAUAUGGAGUUCAAGUCGAAUCUAUUCUAGGAUACGAUGGAAUUUGGAAGUUUAAUUUCUACGACGAAUUGUUCGAUUGUAAACAGAAACAGAAUAUGAUCAGCUUUGGCAAAAAGAUAAAUUCGAAUUAUAAGAGUAUUUUGCAUUCUCAUAAGCAGGUUUUGAUUCAUAAUUGUCCACAUUACUCUGGUAGCACUACAGAAUCUCAUGUACUGAUUCCGGAUGAUGUUGUGUUGAGUGAUUUGGAAGCAUGCUUGCAAAUUGCUCAUGGAGUUAAAGAAGUUUCCUGGCUCUUAGAAUUGCCAGAAGUUGCUCAAAGCCAACAUUUGACAAAUGCUUCUCAUUUCAUCGAGGAACAGUUGAUCUGGAAAGAAUACAACAACGAGAAGCGUAUUCUUCUCGCAAUCCAACAUAAUUUAUCUCGUUUUCUGGCGGUUCUUCUGAAAAGUGUCACACCAGAAUAUAUUUUAGAAAUAAUUCGAGAAUACGAAUGUAUUUUAUCGUUGGAGAUUAAGAAGAUGAUUGUAGCGAAGGUCCUCUACGGAAGAUAUUGA